CUGACUGCUGUGAUUUAUUUAGGUUAUUUGAAUUUGAAGCGCGGGUACAAAUAAAACAAAUCAUAAUUUUAACUAAUUCUGAAAAAUCUUCCAAAAUGAGAUUCAUCAUAAAAAACUCAAGCACUGGCUGUGAACGUGUGGGCAUGUUGACGGAGUUCCUUAAAAUGACUUCAGCUGUGAUAGAAACUCCUACAGCUACUUUACUUACUCAGGGUGGCAGUGUUGUGCAUUUAACGGCAGAAGUACUCUCCAAAGUGUGUCCCAAUCCACAUUUGUUGUGGGUGCCUCUAUCCAAUUCUGUACAUUUAGAGCAUGGCUUGAAAGCACAGGGUGAAGGUGUAGCUAAGUUUGCGGGAUUACAAGAUCAUUUCACUUGUGUCACUUUACAAAAUAUGAAUGAAACAACACCAUCGGGACAUUUUGAGAAUGAUAGGGUACCUCUGUGGACAAAACAUGGAAAGAAAAUGUUAACAGCUGACAGAUAUAUGGAUCUAAUGGAAGUGUUCAAACCAGACAUAAUUUUAGCGAUUGCAGAUGGUCGUACAUCACUCGCUGAGGGCUCCAAAAGAAUAUUGAAAUCCAUUGAAAGAACUGGCAAUAUGUUGGAUUUAUGUGUGAAGAGAUAUAAAGAAUCCAAAGAACUGCAAAGCAGUUGUCUUGUAGGUGUUGUAGUUGGUGGGGGAAUACCAAAGAAAUGUGAUAUAAGUAUAGAACAUAUUCUGAAAUAUAAAGAUGUUCUCGGUGGAGUAGCCAUUUCCGGCCUGACAGAUGGAAGUGAAGAAUUUUCAAUGGACCAUUUACAACCAUUGGGCGAAAUAUUUAAGAGGGUUGGGGAUGCUAUUCCCAAAGAGCUAUUGCAUGUUGUUGAAGGAUGUUGGAAUCCUGCUGUGAUACUGACCGCUGUGGAAUGUGGCUGGGAUUUGUUUGACGGUUCAUAUGCUGUUAAACUGACAAACUUAGGUCAAGCUUUGACACUUAAUUUUGAUGUGACAAAGGAUAUUGACAAUCCUUAUUUGCUUGACCUUAUUGAUGAACGUUACAAAGACCAAUUUGUUCCAAUACUGGAUGGCUGUGAAUGUCUUGCCUGUAAGAAACACACGCGCGCGUAUAUCCGUCAUCUUCUUAACACAAGGGAAAUGUUGGCAUCCGUGUUGUUAAGCAUACAUAAUUUGCAUCAUUUCGACCAGAUGUUCUACCACGCGCGUCAACACAUUGUUUCCAACACGUUUAAUGUGUACAAGGCACAUAUUAUUAAACAGUACGAAUCAUACAAGAAUGUACAAAAGUCUGAGUCUACUGACUCAGACAACCAAACACCUCAAAUCAAGAAAUCGAGAGUAAAUAAAGAAGUAAGCGAUACAUAUACAAAUAGUAAUUAUAGUACUUAACAGUUGUAACUGGUUUUAUGUAAACUUUGAAAGCAACAGUGCAAAAUAAUUUGUAUCUGUAGAAGUAACAUUUUUAAUGUUAAAAUGAUACAAAAGUACACUGAAAAUUAUGUUUAAAAAAUAGCACUUUUUCAAAUGUAAUUUGAAAUUGAACUUCAACAUAAGAAUUUAAGUAUGACGCAUUUUUUUGGGAGCUAGAGGUCGUAUGCUUUUGUUGUCCACUAAACAGAAUUGACGACAAUUCGGUGAUCUUUUUUUUUUAAACAAGGGAAUGUUAAAAAUAAUAUUUUCUAAACAUACUGGGUCACGGUAAAGUGACAUGUUUCCAAUAUACUAAAAUAAUUAUCUUGAGUGCAAACUAUUACAUAACUCCAAAUAGUGUGUCUUUUCUUUAAGAGAUAUACUUGACUGUAUAAAAGUACAAUAAAAAAUGGUAUUUAGUAUUAUUGCAACAUUUCCAAAGUUUUUUUUUCUUUAAAAGAAAUAAAAAUGUUGACAUUAGGCAUUUUUGACUAUUAAGUAGUGUAGUAGCAAAUUUCAAGCUUUUUAGUUAGUUGUAAGUAAUUAGUUAAUUGUACUACAAUGUUUCUUUUUGUAUAUUGUGUACUUUAGAUAUAAGAUUAAUUCAGUGAUAAAACAUCCUACUUACGUAUGCUUUUUUUUAGUUAUAAAUUGUUAGUUUUGUUAUCCAAUUAGGACCA